AUGUCUGACUUCGUUUUCAUCGACGGCCUGGAAAAAUCUAGCGAGGCAAUAGCCCGCGCCAAACGACACGUGGCCGUGAAGGCUCACCAGAAAAGACUGCAGGGCCGUGGCCAAAACCACCGAUAUCCCUUACACGUUGACGCCGCUGAACGACCGGACGAAAGACCAGACGAACGGCCAGACGAACGGCCAGACGAACGACCAGACGAACGACCAGAGGAAGAGGCAGACACAGAAAUUCAGCUCUCUUCUAGCCAUUCUCCAUCAGAAGAUGCACGACUGCCCCCAGCCACCAGGCUCCUGCCUCAAACUCCAGAGCAGUCGACCAACUGGGAGGUGGAUCUUGUGCCGCGACCAGGCAUCAGCAAUCCACUUCUCCUUCGAGCCAAUUCUGAUGACUCAAGCAUUGAAUUUGUUGUGACUCAAUCUUUGUGCUGGAUGAAAAGCCAGUACACGUCCUCAUGGUCUACACGCGUUGGAGACAAUCCCGACGUCUUUGAUGGUGACAAUAGCCUCGAGUUCUUCAGGGAAGCCUUUUACGUCUCCUCAGAUCUCCUGGCCCUAGGGCACAAGGACGCAGCUGACGAAGUCCUCAAACAAACCCUCAAUUCCCUCCCACAGCAUCUCCUUAAAGGCCAUCCGGAAUUGCUCUUUUCUCUCAUUGAGUUCGCUUAUGGCGCUAACAUGCCACCAGAGCUCUCCUGGCUUUCCACAAAAAUAAGAGACUACGUCGCCUACAGGACUCGGAGAGUAUUCGGGAAGACUCACCCACUUACUGCCCUGCUGGAGCAUAAGUUAGACCUGGAUAGACACCAGCUUCAGGAACCAUAUGCCUUUCAGACACUGAUACAUCAGUUCGCAACGUCGCAGUUUCUUGCCCGAACGCAUCAUACAAGCGAGAGUCAACAGCUUAUGGCCCAUGUACGCGAAAGAUGGACCAAUGGAUAUGGAGCAGACUCCGUUCUUUCCCGCCUUGCAAGCCUGGAGGCCAAUCUUAUGCUGUUGCGUCAGUCUCCCGAACAUGCAUCCCACCUACAGGCUCAAGUCAAAGAAGCUAUAUUGAGUUUCGAAGUCGUGGCUGGUGCCUACAGCAACAGAUUCGAUGACAAGCUGGCACUGGCUGGAUGGUUCAUGCAAAACUCACGCUAA